CGCAAGCCCACUACCAAAACAUCCUUGAGCAGCAGCAGAACACUUGUCAACAACACGCUCGCCUUCAGCUUAUCAGACCUCCGAAACUCCCCUGCGAUUGUACGCCGAAGCUUCAUAAAGAUAUCGCUCACCUGUCCAGCAGACAGGACGUCUCAAUGCAUUUCCGAGGACCGAAAACACCGAGGGGAUCAUGGAUGCAAACGAUUUGUUUAGUAGUUGCAGAAAGGGCGACGUUUGUAGAGUCAGAUACCUCGUUGAACAAAAAGACAUGGACCUCAAUGUAAGAGAUAAAUGGGACAGCAGCCCCUUGUAUUAUGCCUGUCUCUGUGGCCACGAGGAACUUGUCCAGUACCUACUGGCAAGUGGGGCCAAAUGUGAGGCAAACACAUUUGAUGGCGAGCGGUGCCUGUACGGCUCACUGAGCGACUCGAUCCGACGACUGCUCAAAGAGUACAAGUGUGUGUGUGUUCGCGUCAUGCAUCGUGAUGAUUUUAACUACUUCCUGCACAUGUUGUUGGAGCAGGGAUAUCACAGUGACAUCCAGUUUCUCGUUCACGGGCAGACCUUCACGGCACACCGAUGCGUGCUCAGUGCACUUUCAGAGUACUUCACAGAAAUGUUUGCGACCAAAUGGAAAAACAAAACCUUGAUCCACCUCAAACAUCCUUUGAUAAACCCUGCAGCUUUUGGAGCCAUCCUGCAAUAUUUAUAUACAGGACGUAUGAAUAUUGAUGUGAGCCUCAUAGAUGACUGCAGACGACUCGCUAAACAGUGCAAAAUGCCAGAUCUCAUUCAGGAGCUGGAGAUAAAAUGCAAACAGGUGUACAACUUUGUUUCCAACAAGCCAGGUGUCUGUGUGAAAGUUCUCAGCCUGGAGCCUCAUAGCUGUCAGCUGCAGGAGGACUUGGCCCAGUUGGCAGACUGUGCAGUGCCUCCGCAGCUCAGAGUUGGAUUUGGGGAACUUCCCUUCAACAAGGUGGACCACUUUCCCACCUAUCCUGACGUGUGCUUUAGAGUCGAUGAUUAUGAUUUCUUGUGUCAUAAGGUGUUUUUCAGUGGACGGAGUGAUUACUUUAAAGCUUUACUGCAGGACCAUUUCAGCGAGGGGGAGCAGCUUCUCCAUCAGCCAAGCAUGCCAGUUAUAACUUUACACAACAUCUCCCAUCAGAUCUUCAUCCACAUCAUGUAUUACAUCUACAGCAAUGACACACAGGUCACAAGAGACAAUGUGUUUGACAUUCUGUGUAUGGCUGACAUGUACUUGCUGCCGGGGCUGAAGCGCUUGUGCGGGAAGACCCUCGCCCAGUCCAUAUCUGAGCACACCGUUAUGCACUUGUGGAAGACGGCCAAGCUCUUCCGGCUGUCUCGGCUGGAGGAUCAGUGCUCAGAGUUCAUGGCCAAAAUAAUUGAGCUGCUGGUGGAGAAGGAGGAGUUUGCUGAGAUGGUCAAGGAGGAUGCUGCUUUGCUGGAGAAGCGACACGAGACCGACUCCGUCCCUUUGGUGGAUGACAUCCGUUACCAUAUCGCCAGCAACGUGCAGACGUACAGUGAGAUCGAGGAGGCCAAUCAGAAGCUGGAGGCCUUGGAGGAGCUGCUGUCCAGCAUUGAUAUAGACUGCUGAAGGUCUGAUGAGCUUGUUGCUGUUUGCAUGGGAAAAUAAUGUUUGUUUUUUCUCUGUGUUUGUAAACAUAUUUUACCUACAGUAUAUUGUUACAGUACAGAUAUAUUAAUCUUUUCAAGGGUGCCCCAUGUUUGCGUUUUAAAGUUUUAGCACAUUUAAUAUAUUAUUUCACACACUUAGAUCUUUCCAUGCAUAAUUCUAUUAUUGCCACAACUUUGUGAUUUGCUGGUUAGUAGGGACCUUUAAAUUUAAAUUUGGCCUCCAAAUAGUUAAAUAACCACAAUAAGUUAUCUCUCAUCCUAAAUUAAAUGUAUAUAAUUUUAUGAUUUGAAAAUGUAUUAAUAUUUUUAGGUAAUAAAUGUCCAAUAUGAUAGGAACUUAAAUCCACCGCUUGGAAAGAUGAAUUUGUUUUGUUAAACAUUUUGUUACCCUUUGUAAAACAAUGUAUGAGUUUGUAUUCCUGGUUUGGAGUAAUAAAUAUACUCUGUUGCAAAGACAA